GCCACAGGGGGAGCUUAAGAAGGCAAGUGGCUAAAAAAAGCUGCGAGGCAGCGAGCAGGAGGCAGCCAUGGAGACAGAGGCCCUGGGGCACUUGCGGAGAAGCCGCGGCGGGCUGCCCAGCUGCAGGAACCCCGGGGACGGACACUGCGCCGGCUCGGAAGGCAAUCGUGCCUUCGAGGGGCUUCCGGUCUACACAGGGCAGAGAGUGGGGGAAAUCUGGAAAAAGUCGGGACUAAAGGGGGGGAUCCGGAAGUGGGGGCGGGAGCGAAGCCUAUCUGGAGAGAGAAGUACAAGAAGCCCGGAAAGGGAGGAAGGGCCAGGCUAUAAAGGCCAAAGGGCUCUGUCACUGAUCGGGGAGGUCACAGGGAGCCACUGAAGCUCAGUGAGCAGGGGCUGACGCCAGACCUGCGCUGCCCGGCUAAAGGGAAGGCUGACUGGGGGGGAGACCGGAGGCAGGAAGAUCCCGGCACUGUAGUCCGGUCAUCAGGCGAUGCUUGGCUGUAGCCUCCUGCUCCUCGCCCUGCUGGGGCUGCUGGGAGCCCUGCCAGCCCUUUCCCAGGAAUGUCCCAAGUACAAGGUCAGCACCUGCCAAGAGUGCAUCCGCCUGGGGCCGGGCUGCGCCUGGUGCAAGAAGCUGAACUUUGCCGAGAGAGGCGAGUCCGACUCCAUUCGCUGCGACACCCGACAGCAGCUCCUACAGCGCGGCUGCCAGGAGCGCGAUAUCGUGGCCCCGCGCAGCGCCGUCAACCUUGGGACCGACCCGCCCGGCCCCCCCACGCCCCAGCUGACGCCUCAGAACGUCCAGCUCCGUCUGCGGCCAGGUCAGGCCGCAGCGUUCAACCUGACCUUUCGGCGUGCCAAGGGCUACCCCAUCGACCUCUACUACCUCAUGGAUCUGUCCUACUCCAUGUAUGACGACCUGAUCAACGUGAAGAAGCUGGGGGGCGACCUGCUGAAGGCACUGAACGAGAUCACCGAGUCCGGCCGCAUAGGCUUCGGCUCCUUUGUGGACAAGACAGUGCUGCCCUUUGUCAACACGCACCCUGAGAAGCUGAAGCACCCCUGCCCAACCAAGGACACCCAGUGCCAGCCCCCCUUCGCCUUCAAGCACGUGCUGAAGCUCACUGACAACUCCAACCAGUUUCAGACCGAGGUUGGAAAGCAGCUCAUCUCUGGGAACCUGGACGCGCCCGAGGGGGGCCUGGAUGCCAUGAUGCAGGUGGCCGUUUGUCAGGAUGACAUUGGCUGGCGCAACGUGACGCGGCUGCUGGUCUACGCCACGGACGACGGCUUCCAUUUUGCGGGAGAUGGGAAACUGGGGGCCAUCCUCACGCCCAAUGAUGGUCACUGUCACCUGAAGAACAACCUCUAUGAGGACAGCAACAAGUUCGACUAUCCCUCAGUGGGGCAGCUGGCACAGAAACUGGCAGAAAACAACAUCCAGCCCAUCUUUGCUGUGACUAAAAAAAUGGUCUCCACGUAUGAAAAACUCACGGAGAUCAUCCCCAAGUCAGCCGUUGGGGAGCUGUCCGACGAUUCCAGUAACGUGGUCCAGCUGAUUAAGAACGCUUACAACAAACUGUCCUCGAGGGUCUUUGUGGACCACAGCAUCAUCCCUGACACUCUGAGGAUCACCUACGACUCCUUCUGCACCAACGGCCAGUCGAGCGUGGACCAGCCCCGAGGGGACUGUGACGGGGUCCAGAUCAACGUGCCGAUCACCUUCCAGGUGAAGGUGACGGCCACCGAGUGCAUCAAGGAGCACACCUUCAGCAUCCGGCCCCUGGGCUUCACAGACACGGUCACUGUGCAGGUGCUCCCGCUCUGCGAGUGCGACUGCGAAGGGGAGAGGCUCAACAGGGAGCACUGCGGGGACAAGGGCUUCGUGGAGUGCGGGAUAUGCAGAUGUGACCCCGGCCACACCGGCAAGACCUGCGAGUGCCAGACCCAGGGCAAGAGCAACCAGGAGCUGGAGGGCAGCUGCCGCAAGGACAACAGCUCGGUGCUCUGCUCGGGCCUGGGGGACUGCGUGUGCGGCACCUGCACCUGCUACGUCAGCGACAUCCCCAAGAAGCUCAUCUACGGCAAGUUCUGCGAGUGCGACAACGUCAACUGUGAGCGCUACGAGGGCCAGGUCUGCGGGGGCAGAGAUCGGGGCUUCUGUGACUGCGGCGUGUGCAAGUGCGAGCCCGGCUUCGAGGGCACCGCCUGCCAGUGCGAGAAGUCCACCAGGGGCUGCCUGAACAUCCACAACUCCGAGUGCAGCGGCCGGGGCAAGUGCGAGUGCAACGUCUGCAAGUGCGACCCGGGCUACCAGCGCCCGCUGUGCCAGGACUGCCCGGGCUGCCCAUCCCCCUGUAACCUCUAUGUCUCGUGUGCCGAGUGCAUGAAGUUCCAGACCGGCCCCUUCGCCAAGAACUGCAGCGUGGCCUGUCCCGGCGUGACUCGGGCCCUGUCCCCGAUCCAGGGCAGACCCUGCAAGGAGCGCGCCUCCAACGGCUGCUGGCUGACCUACGUCAUGCAGCAGAUGGACGGGCACCACAAGUACCUCAUCUACGUGGAUGACGAGCAAGAGUGCGUGGCGGGGCCCAACAUCGCUGCCAUCGUGGGGGGCACCGUGGUCGGGGUGGUGCUCAUCGGGCUGCUGCUGCUGGCCAUCUGGAAGGUCCUGACGCACUUCAGCGACCUCCGGGAGUACAAGCGGUUCGAGAAGGAGAAGCUCAAGUCCCAGUGGAACAAUGACAACCCCCUUUUCAAGAGCGCCACGACGACUGUGAUGAACCCCAAGUUUGCAGAGAACUAGGGGGCUGCCAGUCCCGCCAAAAAGCUGCAGAGAGCUCCGGACCCUGGGCUGGGGCGUGGCGGCCCCCUGCCUCCCGAGCCCCGGAGCUAGCCUUGACCCUCGCGAUUCCGGCCCGUCUCCAGCCCCCGUCUCCAGCCCCCGUCUCCAACCCUAUCUUCUGUCCUGUCUUUGGCCCGUCUCCAGCCCCCGUCUCCAGCCCCCGUCUCCAACCCUAUCUUCUGUCCUGUCUUUGGCCCGUCUCCAGCCCCUGUCUCCAGCCCCCGGCUCCAGCCCUAUCUUCUGUCCUGUCUUUGGCCCGUCUCCAGCCCCCGUCUCCAGCCCGUCUCUGGCCCGUCUGUGGGCCGGACACCAGAUGUCCACGCUCCUCCUGCUUGGUCCCUCUGCCCGCCAAACCCGCUCCAAAGUGAGUUGGGAGGGGCUUCCUCCCCCAGAUUCCACUUGGCGCCUGCUCCCAACACUGAGCGGGAUCUAGGCCAUUGGGAGAGCGGAAAACCUGUGGCAGAGCCACCCGGAAAGCCCAGGUGAUGCUGACAACGGGUGGACGUAGACGGACGGACCGAUGAGUGGGGGGAAGGAGGGAUGGCGGGGCAUCCGCUCACUAGUCCCCCUGUUGCCCAGCCUCCUGGGCCGUUCCUCCCCUUGGCCCCUGCUGCCCUUUUGCAGGUUGGGGCGGGAAUGCCUCGGGCCUCCUCGGGCACCAAGGCCACAGUGCAGCGGGUGCCAGGAUCCAUCCCCUGCCCCAGACAAAGCAGGAACCAGCAAAUACGCGCACAGCCCCAGUCAACUUCACCGUGCUUCUGUUUGUGAAAACACUUUUAUUAAAAUACCGACAGGUGGAUAAGCCUCACUUCUUACAGCCCCCCCCCCCCGCCCCCAUGAGCCUUUGAGAGCAAAGCUCCAUCCUGCCAACCGCCGGCUGACAGGGCAGCUGGAGCACGCCUGGGCCCCUCAGACGCCCCUUCCCACCCACAGCUGCCCCCUUUUUUUAAAAAAAUUAUAGCUUUUAUUUACAAGUUACAUGCCUGGGUAAUUUUUCAGCAUUGACAGUUGCCAAACCUUUUGUUCCAAUUUUUCCCCUCCUUCCCCCCCUCCCCCAAAUGGCAGGUUGACCAAUACAUGUUAAAUAUGUUAAAGUGUAAGUUAAAUACAACAUAAGUCCAAACAGUUAUUUUGCCGGACAAAAAGAACCAGACUCUGAAAUAGUGAAUGAUCAGCCUGAGAAGGAAAUAAAAAAUGCAGACGCACAAAAA